AUGGUCUUCGACCCUCACAAUGUCGACCUCACAACUGCUAGCGCAACUGAGGUAAUCUGCUACCUCGAUGCCUCAAGCAAUGACUACAAUGGACGCAUUGGCGCGCGAAUUUCCUCGAUCUUCGUCAUCGGAAUCAUCUCCUCGAUAGCCACAUUCUUUCCCGUCGUCGCCAAGCGUGCUCCACGUCUCCGCAUUCCACUAUACGUCUACCUCUUCGCCAAGUACUUCGGUGCCGGUGUCAUUAUCGCAACUGCAUUUAUCCACCUUCUCGACCCUGCAUACUCCGAAAUCGGCAGUGACAGCUGCGUCGGUAUGACAGGUCACUGGGCCGAUUACUCCUGGUGUCCUGCUAUCGUCCUUACCUCUCUUAUGAUGAUCUUCCUUAUGGACUUUGGUGCUGAGCGCUACGUCGAGAAGAAGUAUGGACUGUGCCGUGAUGACCCCGAGCCUAUCAUGGCCUCUGGUGUUGAGGUUGAUGCUAGUGUUGCCCAUAACCACGUUCACCCUGAGCGUCCUGGAUCAACCGAUAAGGGUGUCAAGGAGUUGGAGUCUCAGUCUGACGACGAAUCUGAGAGCAUUGAGCGCUCGUUCAGACAACAGAUUGCUGCGUUUUUGAUUCUCGAGUUCGGUGUUAUCUUCCAUUCUGUUAUCAUCGGAUUGAACCUUGGUGUUACCGGCUCCGAGUUCGCUACCCUUUACCCUGUUCUAGUCUUCCAUCAAUCCUUCGAAGGUCUUGGUAUCGGCGCGAGAAUGUCUUCUAUUCCAUUUAAGAAGGAGAGCUGGUUGCCUUGGAUUCUUUGCUCGGCUUAUGGUCUGACAACCCCCAUCUCUAUCGCUGUUGGUCUUGGCGUGCGCACAACAUACAAUCCUGGUUCGUACACUGCCAACGUUGUCUCUGGUGUUUUAGAUGCUGUCUCUGCUGGUAUUCUGAUCUAUACCGGUCUGGUUGAGCUCCUUGCUCGUGACUUCUUAUUUGAUCCCCACCGUACCCAGGAUGACAAGCGUCUUACCUUUAUGGUCUGCUCGCUGUUGCUUGGUGCUGGUAUUAUGGCUUUGCUUGGAAAGUGGGCUUAA